AGAUAGUUUCUUGCAUUAAGUGACUGCUGUGAAAUGCUUAAUAUUUUCAGACAUAGAAGAAGCAUUGACUCCGACCAGCCAAAUUCGGGAGAUGUAAAUCCCGCAGCUCACAGCACAGAAUGCUUUAUUUGAAAGUAUUUCUAUGUAGAAGCCAGCUUUGCUGUCAUCUAACCUGCUCUCCCCAGAAGGUUGGCUGAAGGAUGGGAGCGGCUGUGCCUGCGUCUGAGGUCACAGCUUGAAGUCCUUUUAACUUGCUUUCUGCUGCAGGAGAGAGGCAUAUUGUGAUAUUACAGUCAUUGAAUUUAUUCAAAUGGACAAUUUACAGUAGAUAUUAUGCCCAGAACGACCGAUAACUCAGCAUAUGAGGUAACUAAAAUUAUCCAACUGCCAGAGAGCUCAAUUUUUUUGUAGAAAAUUACACCUAACAUUUAUGGGAGACAAGAUGAAAAUGUGGUUGCUGGUCAGUCACCUUGUGACUUUUACAACGUGUCUAGCAGAGUUUACAUGGCACAGAAGGUAUUAUGGCCAUGGAGUUUCUGAGGAAGACAAAGGAUUUGGACCAAUUUUUGAAGAGCAACCAAUUAAUACUGUUUAUCCAGAGGAAUCUCCAGAAGGAAAAGUCUCACUAAACUGCAGGGCACGAGCCAGCCCUUUUCCAGUUUACAAAUGGAGAAUGAAUAAUGGGGAUAUUGAUCUGACAAGUGACCGGUAUAGUAUGGUGGGAGGAAACCUUGUCAUCAACAACCCUGACAAGCAGAAAGAUGCCGGAAUUUACUACUGUUUAGCAUCAAAUAACUAUGGAAUGGUCAGAAGCAUUGAAGCAACGUUAAGCUUUGGAUAUCUUGAUCCUUUCCCACCUGAGGAACGUCCUGAGGUCAGAGUUAAAGAAGGAAAAGGGAUGGUGCUUCUUUGUGAUCCUCCAUAUCAUUUUCCAGAUGAUCUUAGCUAUCGAUGGCUUCUAAAUGAAUUUCCUGUGUUUAUCACAAUGGAUAAACGAAGAUUUGUAUCACAGACCAAUGGCAAUCUCUACAUUGCAAAUGUGGAGGCAUCUGACAAAGGCAAUUAUUCAUGCUUUGUAUCCAGUCCUUCUAUUACGAAGAGUGUGUUCAGCAAGUUCAUACCACUCAUUCCACUGCCUGAACGAACAACAAAACCAUAUCCUGCUGAUAUUGUAGUUCAAUUCAAGGACAUAUAUACAUUGAUGGGCCAGAAUGUGACUUUAGAGUGUUUUGCUCUUGGAAAUCCUGUUCCUGAUAUCCGGUGGCGGAAGGUCCUAGAACCAAUGCCAAGCACUGCUGAGAUCAGCAUUUCUGGGGCUGUACUCAAGAUCUUCAACAUUCAAUUAGAAGAUGAAGGCAUAUAUGAAUGUGAAGCUGAGAACAUCAGAGGAAAGGAUAAACACCAGGCAAGAAUUUAUGUUCAAGCAUAUCCUGAGUGGGUAGAACAUAUCAAUGACACUGAAGUGGAUAUAGGCAGUGAUCUCUACUGGCCUUGUAUAGCCACAGGCAAGCCCAUCCCUACAAUCAGAUGGCUGAAAAAUGGAUAUGCGUAUCAUAAAGGAGAAUUGAGACUAUAUGAUGUGACUUUUGAAAAUGCUGGAAUGUACCAGUGCAUAGCUGAAAACACACAUGGAGCCAUUUAUGCAAAUGCUGAACUAAAGAUCUUGGCUUUGGCUCCAACUUUUGAAAUGAAUCCUAUGAAGAAAAAGAUAUUGGCUGCUAAAGGAGGAAGGGUAAUAAUUGAAUGCAAACCGAAAGCUGCACCUAAACCAAAAUUUUCAUGGAGUAAAGGGACAGAGUGGCUUGUUAAUAGUAGCAAAGUACUCAUUUGGGAAGAUGGUAGCCUGGAAAUAAAUAACAUUACAAGGAAUGAUGGAGGUAUUUACACAUGCUUUGCAGAAAAUAAUCGAGGGAAAGCCAAUAGUACUGGGACUCUUGUUAUCACAAAUCCCACACGAAUUAUAUUGGCUCCAAUUAAUGCUGAUAUCACUGUUGGAGAAAACGCCACCAUGCAGUGUGCUGCUGCGGCUGACCCCACCCUGGAUCUCACAUUUGUUUGGUCCUUCAAUGGUUAUGUGAUCGAUUUUAACAAAGAGAAUAUUAACAUUCAUUACCAGCGGAAUUUUAUGUUAGAUUCCAAUGGGGAGCUGCUCAUCCGAAAUGCUCAGCUGAAACAUGCUGGAAGAUACACUUGCACUGCUCAGACAAUUGUGGACAAUUCUUCAGCUUCAGCUGACCUUGUGGUAAGAGGCCCUCCUGGACCUCCAGGUGGUUUGAGAAUAGAAGACAUCAGAGCUACUUCUGUGGCACUUACGUGGAGCCGUGGUUCGGACAAUCAUAGCCCGAUUUCUAAAUACACUAUACAGACUAAGACUAUUCUUUCAGAUGACUGGAAAGAUGCAAAGACAGAUCCUCCAAUUAUUGAAGGAAAUAUGGAGGCAGCCAAAGCAGUGGAUUUAAUCCCAUGGAUGGAAUAUGAGUUUCGCGUUUUAGCAACCAAUACUUUGGGUAUAGGAGAGCCCAGUAUACCAUCAAAUAAAAUUAAAACAGAUGGUGCCGCACCUAAUGUGGCUCCAUCCGAUGUAGGAGGAGGAGGUGGAAGCAACAGAGAACUGACCAUAACAUGGGCACCUCUGUCAAGAGAAUACCAUUACGGGAACAAUUUUGGUUACAUAGUGGCAUUUAAACCAUUUGAUGGGGAAGAAUGGAAAAAAGUUACAGUUACUAAUCCAGACACUGGUAGAUAUGUCCAUAAAGAUGAGACCAUGCGCCCGUCCACUGCAUUUCAAGUGAAAGUUAAGGCCUUCAACAACAAAGGCGAUGGACCAUACAGCCUUACAGCAGUCAUUAACUCAGCACAAGAUGCUCCCAGUGAAGUCCCUACAGAUGUAGGUGUAAAAGUCUUAUCAUCUUCUGAGAUAUCUGUUCAUUGGGAGCAUGUUAUAGAAAAAGUAGUGGAAGGCUAUCAGAUUCGAUACUGGGCUGCGCAUGACAAAGAAGCAGCUGCACACAGAGUUCAAGUCACCAGCCAAGAGUAUUCAGCCAGGAUGGAGAACUUGGUGCCAGACACUCAGUACUUUGUGGAGGUCAGGGCCUGCAACAGUGCAGGGUGUGGUCCACCCAGUGAGGUGAUUGAAACCUUCACCAAGAAAGCACCUCCUAGCCAACCUCCAAGGAUCAUCAGUUCAAUAAGGUCUGGUUCACGCUACAUAAUCACCUGGGAUCAUGUUGUUGCACUAUCAAAUGAAUCAUCAGUUACAGGAUAUAAGGUUCUCUACAGACCUGAUGGCCAACAUGAUGGAAAGCUAUACUCAACUCACAAACACUCCAUAGAAGUUCCAAUCCCCAGGGAUGGAGAGUAUGUUGUAGAGGUGCGUGCACACAGUGAUGGAGGAGAUGGAGUGGUGUCUCAAGUCAAAAUUUCAGGUGCAUCCAUUCUAUCACAGAGUUUCCUUGGCUUCCUGCUGCCUGCCCUUGGCAUCCUUGUCUACUUGGAAUUUUGAAUGUGGUGUGACAGCUGCUAUUCCCAGCCCAGCUCAGUAGACACCCAUCAAUCCUGUGAUGUCUACAAUUCCUUCCAAUUCCUGCGGCUCCAUUCCAGCCAGAUAAAUUAUACUUUAACAAACUAUUCAGCUGAUUUACAACACACAUUUUGACUGAGGCAUUCAGGAACCCCUCCAUCCAAAAGAAUAAACUUUUCAUUAAGUGGAUAUAAAAUGAUUUUUAACUCGUUCCAAUAUGCCUUAUAAACCACUUAACCUGAU